AUGUGUGAACCUGUCUACAAGGCUGGGACGGGAUAUGAGGUGCGAAGAAUCCAGUUUCAACCGAGUGGUGUAUCAGAAAAAGAUGCCAUCUCAGUGUUGCUGGACUGUAAGGCACUUGCCCAAUAAACUGCUCAAGAAAUGUUAGGUUACUAUCAAGAUACAUCAGGCUGGAAAGUGGUUAAGACUUCAGACACAUUCAUAUGUCAUACCAUUACACAAAGUUUUGCCAUGGGCUCAAUAUCCCCCUGAGACUUUAUCGACUUAGUGUAUUUGAAGCACUACAAAGGGAAUAUGGAUAUUAUCAGUUCUACUAGUGCGGAUUUUCCAGCAUAUCCUCCAUCUUCAAAUUAUAUCCAUGGUUGUAACCAUGCUUGUGGCUAUAUAUGUUCACCUCUGCGAGAGAACCCAGCAUAUUCCAAACUAGUGAUGUUUGUCCACACAGAAAUGAGAGGAAAAUUGGCCCCAUCAAUAAUUGAAGCAACCGUGCCUUCCAAUUUAGUACGCUUCCUCAUCAAUGUAAAGGAUGGAGUAAAACACAAAAUUCCAUCAGGACGUGGAUGUCAUCGUAAUGGGCAUUCGUCACUCCUAAAGAAGAAAUGA